AUGAAGAUCACGUCGCGCCACAUCGAGAAGGACGGCUCGGGACGGGUGACCAUGGUGCCCGAAGAAGACGAGGACAUGUAUCAUCUGUACAACCUCAUCGAGCAGGGCGACCGGGUACGUGCGGCGGCGGUGCGUCGGGUGCAGUCGGAAUCGUCGACGGGAUCGAUAGAAUCGCACCGGGUGCGACUCAACCUCACCAUCCAAGUGGUCAAGACCACGUUCGAUGCCACUGGCUCGAGUGCGCCUCCAGAUCCCUCGGCCGCCUCGGCAGCAGCAGCAUCCUCCUCAACACCCGCAGACGAGGAAGUCAGCCGUGCAGCCGCGGUGGGCGGCUCGGGUGGGGAAGGUGCAACGCUGCAAGUGGCAGGUCGAGUGGUGGAGGAGAAUCCACACGUCAAGAUGGGUGCCUACCACACGCUCGAUCUCGAAAUCAACCGUGCGCUCACCAUCACCAAGGAGAGCUGGGACGCGGUUCAUCUCGAGCGUCUUGGUGAGAGUACCGACGUCUCGCAGCGUGCCGAAGUCGGCGCAGUUGUGCUUGGCGAUGGCACUGCCGCCAUCUGUCUGCUGACGGGACACAUGACGGUGGUCCGCCAACGCAUCGACGUUCCCAUCCCACGCAAGCGCAAAGGUCUCCCAGCCACAGCAGCCGACAAAGCCACCGCGCGCUUCUACGUCCAAGUGUACAACGCCGUCGUCAAGCUGCUCUCACUUCCAGCCCUCCGGCUGGUCAUCUUGGCGUCUCCCGGCUUCACGCGCGAUUCGGUGUACGACUUUCUAUUCGAAGAAGCCACUCGCCGUGGGGACAAGAUCCUCAUUGGAGGCGAGGCGCGACGCAAAUUCCUCAAGAUCCACUGCAGCUCUCCGCACGUCCACUCGCUCAUGGAGGUGCUUCGCAGCCCCGAGGUGAAUGCCCAGCUCAAGGACACCAAGUUCGCACGCGAGGGCCAGCUGCUCGAGCGCUUCAUGAAGCAGCUUGCCAGCGACGAACUGCGUGCAUGGUAUGGCGAGAAGCACGUUCUGCUCGCCGCAGCAAGAGGUGCGAUCGGCGUGCUGCUCAUCUCCGACGGUCUCUUCCGAGCUGCCGAUCCAAGCCGACGCAAAAAGUUCGUCGAGCUUGUAGAAGAGGUGCGUGCACAGGGAGGCGAGGUGGCCAUCUUUAGCUCGAUGCACGAGAGCGGACGUCAGCUCAACGCGCUCACGGGAAUCGCUGCCAUCCUCACCUACCCGCUCGACAUCGAGGUGGUCGAAGCGGAAGAGGCCGAGGACGCCAAUCCACGCAACGACACAUCAUAG